AUGAGCUCCAGCGGGCCUUUAUUCGUCGCCCAAGAGGCGCUGUGUUUGUACGAAAUCAGCACCAUCUACAACUCUUGUCCGCGAUACCUCUUCUACGCUCUCUUGAUCGCAAGUUGUGUGACUCGAUGGACAGGAUGGCUCGCCGAUGUCUUUCUGGGAGCUGCUGCCACAUAUGCUGGCACGGCCGCCAUUGAGGCAUUCAUCCUAGUGGCUAGUCCACAGUCUAAACCAGAGCCGGCACCAGUCACUAUUCCAUUCAUCUCUUAUAACACAACCCUAUUGAACGACUUUCCCCAAUUGAUUACAGAGACAACUCAAGUCAUGAUUCAGCCUGCUUCGCUCGAGAUGGAUGGCGAUGCGGUACUUGCCAUUGUAGUGACAGGGUACCUUGUCUUCUUGCCUCUACAAUGCUGGUCUCGCAUCCUGACCCAUCAAAGAGCCCGAAAUGUCUUAUUCUAUCUCUGGAACCUCUUGAUGCUCGCGGGUUCAAUCUGUGCCCUGGUCAACGCAACCAGGAAGUCCAAUACCCCCACGCAAUAUAUGUUCUGCUACCCUGGUCUCCCUCCUUAUGAUCAAACGUACAGCGAUGGCUGGCAAUCAUCUUGGAGAACGUCAACAUGGAAUGAAAGUGUGUGGGAAACAUUCUCUAACAUAACUCGAUGGAAUCUUCUCGGAGAUAUCUGUUUCAACCCUUGCUUGAACUCCACCCAAGCCCUUCGCCAGUCGACAUCACUGGAAUCUUGGGUCGCGAGCAAAGAUUCGGAGCUUGCGAAUCCAAACAAAUUCUGGAACAAGCUUGUGUACUCGAGAAGGUAUAUCUACAGCCUGAUCGUACUUUGUCUUGUGUUAAAUUUGGUUCACUUGACCUUCAAGUUUCUUCCGUACCGAUCGCGCAUUCCCUCUGCUCGGAUUGUCGUUAUCUGGAAAGAAAGGAAGAAUAUUUGGAACAGUUUCAAGGAAGAACUAAAAAAUGCCCGAUCAAAAGCCGAGGAGCAAUCAGAAUACAAAGAGGCAGGUCUCUCCAGCCAUGUCAAAAUAUCGCUGUGGGGUCGUCUACGCCCUUUUUUCAGCUUGAUAUUCCUCAAAGCUUCCAUGCGCGUCUCGGCAGAUUUUGCAAUUCUUUUCGGCCUUGUCUUUAGCAUGAUCAUCAGUCCCUUCACUAUCAUUGCCUUUGUGGCUUGGGCAGAGUGGACUAUAUACAAUGAUGGACCUGCGCAAGAAAGUCCCCGACAAGUAGGACAGUGGUCUUACCUAGUAUCGAUUGGUCUGCUUCUAAUCUCUGCUGCGAUUUUGACACUCAAGUACCGUCUUGCAACGAUAUCUGAACUAGAUGAGGAGAUUGGAAAUCUGAGGGAUGGCCUGGAGAGGCUGGAGCAAAGAAAGGAGGAAAGACUGCGGUCGGAAACGGCCCCUUGA